GAUCAGCCUGGUGGAGCCGGGGCCAGUGAUGACGGAGUUCGAGGCGAAGCUCUACGAGGAAGCCGAACGCGCCGACUACUCGCGGACCGACCCCGAGACGGCCGAAAUCUUCACCAACGUCUACCUGAGGAACUCCAGGGACGUCUUCACCAGCCUGGGCCAGACCCCCGAGGACAUCGCGGAGCACACGCUGCGGGUGAUCGAGGCGGCCCGGCCGCCCUUCCGGCACCAGACCAACGCUGCGUACACGCCGCUGGCCGCGCUGAAACACGCCGACCCCAGCGGCGCCCUCGUCACCGACGCCUUCUACAAGCUGGUGUUCAAGUACGACGCGGUGCUGCGGCUCAGCCUGCGCGCCAUCCGCCUGCUGCGCUGG